GAUUAAUUUCUACAUUGCUAAUUUAAUGUGUUGUCAGUGUAAUUGUUGUAAUGUGCUGUGUAUUAUUUCUGAUUGCAUCAGGCUCCUAAGAGAAAGAUAGAAGAGACAGAAGGGUGAGUGAGCUGAUUUACUGAAACACAGGUUGUUAUUGCUGCAUCCUGCUUCUUAAUUCAAACAUUUGAUUUUGUAUUAUUUUAGAGAAGAAGAGUUUCUGGAAGACAAAGAGAAAACACUAUCUUUCAGAAGGAAUGCUUUCCUGAUUAUCUGUGAAAUGGUGAAACUGAAUGCAAAACACCCUACACUGCUUUUGGAUGAGAUUCUUCACAGCAUCUUCUUUUUGGGAAAGUUAAACGAUCCAGAAUUUUACCCAGAAUCUAUUGUGGGUAAUGAUGAUGAUGUCGACAUGCUUAAAAUGUUGAGGAAGUGCUUCCCUCGGCCUUUUGCCCUCUAUUCCUCUCAUCUACCCAAGCGGAGUCCAUUCUCAUGUUUUCUGGACAUGAUUGUCCACCUGUGUGAACGAAAGGAUGACGAAAAGGAAAUAAUAAAAAGGCUGCAAGACUUCAUCAGUCAACUGGAGUAUAGUAAAUCAAAGGCUCUGGUCUCCUCCACCAUCUGUGUCUCUCAAAGCAACAACCCAAAAUCAGUAAAGUACUACGGAGUCUCCAUGUCCACUUCAGGCUGUUAUCCCGGGAGAAUCAUGGUUGCCGCGUCCUGUCUUAGCAGCUGGGACAGUAACGUGGCUGAUGCAGUGAUGACCUACUAUCCAACGAAGACCAAGAAGCAGGAUUUUGAUGGAACCAUCAAACUUCCACAGCAUGUCAGGUGCCAGGCGUUUAACCUCCAUCUAGGAAGAGAAAAGCCUCCUUGUAGAUCCUGUGGGAAUUUGUUUGGUUUGGAAACAAGUGAAACUACCCAGUCAGACUACGGCAACUGUGCCGAAGCCGAAAGUUUGAGCGACUUGCUUAAAGAUGUUGAAAACGUUAGAGAGCAAGUACGACCAACAUCUAAGACGUGCACAGAUGAGAACAGGGAGACGGUUAAAAAGAGUGUCUUGACACAACUUAAACGUUUGCUGCGUGAUUUGAAAUUUAAAUGGGAUAAUGAUGAAAAUUUCUACGACCCAAGAGUUUGAUCUUAAAAGGGGGAAACAUAUUGAGUACAAUUCUUGUGGUCCUUUAUUAUAAAGUGACCAGAUUGAUCUGUUUUGAUAUGAUUCUUUAUCAGUAAAUACUUCACUGUAACCCUCUAGGCACUGAAAUUUGUACUUUUUUU